GUAACCAGGAAGCCCAUGAAACCCGUGAAACCAAAGAUUCCACUGCAAAGACGAAGUGUGACAAGGAGUACAAAUAUUACUAGAAAAUAUGUACAGCCCAUUCAGGAUGUUCACGAUAUUGUUAGGUCUAGCUACGAUCAUUUGCGCCAUUUGCACAUCCUUCAUUUCAACCAAUCAGCGGUGAAUCUCACUUUGCAGAAUCUCAAAAGAAAGCCAAGGGACACCAAGUACACGUGUGGCUAUCGCAGGAUCAGCACAACUCCAUUGGGACUGUACAUCAAGGGAAGCAUCAGUCGCGCAGUGGAGAUUCCCUUCCAGGACAGGUAUAUUGUCCCGGUAGAUGUGCGUGGCAUGAUUUCCAUUUGCAAGAACAGUCUGGGCGAUGUGCUACAGGUUCAACCCUUCACCUUUGUCCAGCCCGUCAAUCAGUCAGAACAUUUCCAACCACAGAGUCAGCGUCGUCCCAGCGUCCUUAUGUUCGGAUUCAAUGGCAUGACCGCGAGCGCCUUUCGCUCCACCCUGGACGGUAUGCCAGGACUGGAGAGCAGUAGCCAGGGCUGGUUCGAAAUGCACAACUACAAGCGAAUGGGCGAGAAUAGCUACAUCAAUCUGAUGGCCCUCAUUUCGGGGCACAGUCCCAGUGCGGUGCACAAUCUGCCAUCGCCCAGCGCCAUGGAUGCGUUGCCUUACAUUUGGCAGCAUUAUAAGGCACAGGGUUACCUAACGGCCUACGCAGAGGAUCUCACGCUCAUCCGAAAGUUCCCCUUUGAGUUUGGGCAGAAGCCCGUGGACUACUAUCUGCGACCCUUCAUGCGGGGCAUUGCCGACAGUUUACAUCUGCGCAAUCGAUCCACAGAGUACCAUGGACUGGAGAGGCGUCUGUAUGUGGACUAUGUCUACGAUUAUUGUCAGCAGUUGCUGGAGCAUUAUCUCAACCACACACAACCUCUGUUCGGGCUCUUCUGGACAAGCAAUUUCGAGGCUUCGGAGAAGCGGGAGCCAACGCUACGGGACUACAUCAAACGCUUCGAGCACUUGGGUUUGUUCAGGGAAUCAAUUGUGAUAUUCUUCAGUGAUCAUGUGUGUCAUCCCAUGCUGUUUGUGUGGCUGCCAACGUGGGUGCGCCAGCAAUAUCCCGAAUUAGCCAUUGCUCUGGCAAUCAAUAGACAGCGCAUGACCUCACCCCACGAUCUCUACCUCACAUUGCAGGAUAUUCUGAAUUUGGGAGCCAAAGUACCAGCAAAUCCGCUGAUCCAACCCGAAGGCUGCCCCACCUGUCGCACGCUAUUCCAGGAAAUUCCCGAGAAUCGCACCUGCCACGAGGCAGCUCGCAGCGAGAACUACUGCGACUGUGACGCCUUCUUGGAACUGUUGCAGGAGGAGGCCGAGCUGCUGCCACUCGGCCAGCUGCUGGUCGACAGCCUCAACGAGUACCGCCUCUCGCGGGCGCAGCUAACGGAUCGCUGUACGGCGUUUACCCUGCAGAAAGUUGAGUCCAUACAUCAGCAUAGACCCGCCCUCAAGUCGAGCAUUGUCCAGUAUCGAGUGCGUUUCACUACCCAACCCAAAGCCGCGAGAUUCCUGGCCACUGUGCUGUACAAUCACGACACCAGGCAACUGGUGAAUGUCAGCGUUCCCUCCUUUGGGCGACUGUUGCGAUAUGUGGAUCAAUCAAAGUGUGUCAAGGAUGAGAAUGACAAAAAGUUCUGUCUGUGUAAGACAGUCAACAAACAGAAGAAAAAUCCCAGGAUAAUACAAAAAAGUAAAACCAAAACGGGUGGGAUGCAACUUGAAGUUGUGAAAUUGUUGGACAAUUUGAUGCAGAAGGUGGAUCAAAUAGAAAAAUUCAACACUUUGCGACGUCAAAAGAUCCGAGUGGAAGUACGAAAACUGAAACAGAGGAUCGUAACCUCCAGUACAACUUCCGAUAUGAUCACCUAUUUAGAACCGAACACCACGCCAAUGUCCGAAGUGAUCGAAACGCAUGUCAAUGUUCCUUUUACCCUUAACUUUUGAUGCAAAAACUUUCCUUCACGUAGCGUUGUAUAAUAAAAAUGAAUGAUACUAGAUAAGAUA